CAUACAUAUAUAUGAACAUAUGUAUGUUCGUACAUAUAUAUGAAGAAGACACAUAAAUGGCAAGUAAUCCCAUAUUCAUGGAUUGGGAUAAUUAAUAUAGUAAAAAUAUUUUUACCACUCAGUGUUAUCUAGAGAUUCAAUACAAUUUCUAUCAAAAUACCAAUACCAUUUUUCACAGAAAUAGAGAAAACACCCCAAAGCGUUGUAUAGAACCAUGAGAGAUUCUGAAUAACCAAAGCAGUCUUGAGCAAAAGAACAAAGCUGGGGGCAUCACAUUACCUGACUUCAAAAUAUACCAGAAAGCUAUAUUAACCAAAACAGCACAGUACUGGUAUAAAAACAGACAAAUAGGCUGAUGGAACAUAUUAGAGAGCCCAACAGAAAAAUCCACAUAUUUACAGCCAACUGAUUUUUGACAAAUGUGCCAAAAGCACAAAAUGAAGAAAGGAAAGUCUCCAUAAUAAAUAAUAUUGGAAAAACUGUAUAUACAUAUGUGGGAGAAUGACACAAGACACUCGUUUCUCACUAUAUUAAAAAAUUAAAAUAGAUUAAAUAAUUAAGUGUAAUUCCCCAAACUGAAUCUACUGGAAGAAAACAGGGGAAAUGCUUCAUGACAUUAAUAUGGGCAAGGAGUUUUUUGAAUAAGCACUUGAGCACAGGCAACAAAAGCUAAAAUAGACAAAUGGGAUUAUAGCAAACACAAAAAUUUUUGCAUAGCAAAAGAAACAAUCAACAGAGUGAAAAGACAAUCUACAAGUGAAAUUAGUCAUAGAAAAAUAAAUAUGUUCUUACUCAUAUUUGAGGACUAAACGAAAAUUCAGCUAGUGGGAUUCAAGUACCAUUGUGGUCAUUAGAAAGUAGGAAGAGUAGAAGGCAAGGGGAAGAUAGGGAGAAGUUGGUUAAUAGAUACAAAGUUACAGCUAUAUGAAAGGAAUGAAUUUUAGUGUUCCAUAGCGCUAUAGGUUGAAUAUAGUUAACAAUUAUUCAGUGUAUAUUUAUAGAAGCUGAAAGAGAAGCUUUUGAAUGUUCAUAACACAAAGAAAUGAUGAAUAUUCAAGGUGAUAGAUAUGCUAAUUAUUGUGAUUUGGUCAUUAUACAUUGUUCAUAUGUAAAAAACACUCUCAUAAACAUGUACAAUUAUUAUGUGUCAACUAAAAAGAAUGACACAUGUCAAAUACAAAAAACCCUAUGAGAGGGGUACUAUUACAGAUGAAACAAGUAAGGCGGAAUAUGAAUUACCCAAGAUUAUGUUGCUAGUAAGUGUCAGAACUAGUGUUCAAACCCAGGCAGUAUGGUUCAGAGUCAAUGCUCUUAACCAUCACACAUAAGAAUAGAUGUAAUAAAUGUUUGCUUACCUAGAGGAUGUAAAUUAUAUUUUUAUUCCCAGUUCUGAAUCAAAAUGGUAAUUCAAAGGCAAUAGAACAUUAACCUCAUCACCAUCAUUUAGGCUUAAAAGAAAAUGCUACAUAUUCUACUGCAACCAGUCAGGAUUAAUUCUCAAAUUUAUGAAACUUGAAGAGUGGAGACAAUGCAAAGGAAACCAUACUUAGCAGCAGAACAUUUAUUACUAUAAGCAGAUUUCAAAGUAUUUUGAGCAAACCAUCACUUAUGCUGAAAAUGACAACAACAGACUUGGGAAAAAAAGGCCACUUACAGAAUGAGAGAAAAUAUUUUUCAACUAUACAUUCAAGAGGUAUAAGGGACUUAAAAACAACUCAGCAGUAAAAACCAAACAACUCAAUUGAAAAUGGGCAAAAUACUUAAAUAGAUAUUUUUCUAAAGAAGACAUAUUAUAAAUGGCCAACAAGUAUAUAGUAAAAUGCUCAACAUUGAUUAUCGUUAAGGAAAUGCAAAUUAAAACCACAGUGAGCUAUCACCUCACCCCAUUUAGAAUCCCCAUCAUCAAAAAGACAAAAGAUAACAAGUAUUGGUGAAGAUAUGAAGAGAAGAUAAUAUAAAUUGGUACAACCAUUGUAGAAAACAGUAUUAAAUUAAAAAUAGAACUAUCAAAUGAUCCAGCAAUGCCACUACUGGGUAUAUAACUAAAUGAAUUGCAGUCGAUAUAUGCAAGAUAUAUCUGCAUUCCCAUGUUCAUCAACAUUAUUCACAAUGGGCAAGACAUGGAAUCAACAUAAGUGUUCAUCAUUGGAUAAAUGGAUAAAUAUGGUAUAUAUUCAUAAGGGAAUACUAUUCAGCCAUAUAAAAUAAUAAAAUCUUCUCAUCUGAGACAACAUGGAUUAACCUGGAGGAUAUUAUGUUAAGGGAAAUAAGCCAGGAAUGGAAAGACAAAUACCAUAUCAUCUCACUCAUAUGUGGAAUUUUAAAAAUUGAUUACAAUGAAGUAGAGAGUGGAAAGGUACUUACCAGCAGCUGAGGUGGUUAGCAAGGAGGAAUGGAUGAGGACACGUUGGUCAAAGGUAAAUUUUAAGAGAUCUAAUGUAUUACAAGGUAAUUAGAAUUAAUGAUAUAUUGUACUGCCGAAAAAUGUAGGGAGUGGAUGUUAUGUGCUCUUACCACAAAAUGACAACUAUGUGAGGUAAUGCUUUUGUUAAUUAACUAUAAUAGGUUUAACCAUUCCACAAUGUAUAUACAUUUCAAAACACUCUUAUAUGUGAUAAAAACAUACAAUGUUAUCUGUCAAUGUAAAAGAAAUAGAUUUUUAAAAGACAGGAAAAAUACCCAAAUUGAAAGAAAAGAAUAUUAAACAGCUAUACAUAGCAGAAGAAAGUUUGAAACUUACUGAUAUGGGUAAAUGUACAGACAAAUGCAAAAUACUGUAACGUAACGGUGAUGGGUAAAUCACUUUAUUAGGAUGGUGCAAAAGUAAUUUCAGUAAAGUAAUUCAAAUGACACAAUUAUUAAAAAUAACUAUAACUGAAAAUAAUGUUAGAAGAUACACAAUAUAAGUAGAUGAAAAUUGUGACAAUGAUACUAUAAAGUAUGUGUCAGGGAAGACUAGUUUAAGUGUAGAGUUUUUGUAUACUAUUGAACUUAAGGUGUUACUCAGCUUAAAAUAGAGCAUUAGGGGCAGGCAUGGUGGCUCACACCUGUAAUCCCAGCACUUUGAGAGGCUGAGGUGGGCAGAUCAUGAGGUGAGGAAUUUGGGACCAGCCUGACCUACAUGGUAAAACCCCACCUCUACUAAAAAUACAAAAAUUAGCUGGAUGUGGUGGUGCAUGCCUGUAAUCUCAGCUACUCAGGAGGCUGAGGCAGGAGAAUCCCUUGAACCCAGAGGCAGAGGUUGUGGUGAGCCAAGACCACAUCACUGCACUCCAGCCUGGGCAACAGUGCAAGACUGUCUCAAAAAAAUAAAUACAUAAAAAAGCAUUAGAUUUUAUGUAAGUCCUAAGGUAACCACACACACAAAGUAUGCCUAAGAAGUUGCACAAAAUAAAAAGAGAAAUCAAAGGAUAUCAAUAAAAAGCAUAAAUGAAGACAGCAAGAGAGGAAAAGACAGACAAGUGUUAUAAGACAAACAGAAAACAACUAACAAAAUGGGAAAUCAUUCCCUGUCAAUAAUUAUUUUAAAUGUAAAUGAAUUGAUCUCCCCAAUCAAAAGACACAAAGUAUCUAAAUUGAUUUAGAAAAAACAAAACCAAAAAACAAGACCCAACCAUAUGCUAUCUACAGUAAACUUCCUUUCCAUUUAAGGAUAUAUAAAAACUGAAAAAGAUACUGCAUGCAAAUGAUAAUUUAUGCAAAUCUGUAAAUAAAAGUGAGGAGGAAUGGCUAUUGUUAUUGUAGACACCAUAGACUUUAAGUCAAAAAUUACCAUGAGACAGAGAAGGACAUUAUGUAAUGAUAAAAGGGUCUAUUUACCAAAAAGAAAAUAAUGAUUAUAAAUAUACACACAUCUGGUAUCAGAGCCCCUAAAUAUAUAAAGCAAAUAUUGACAGAACUUAAGGGAGAAAUAGCAAUACAAUCAUAAUAGGAGACUUCAGUACUCCACUUUCAAUAAUAGACGGAUUACCCAGAUAUAUCAAAAGGAAUCAGAGUGCUUCAAUAACACUAUAAACCAAAUAUACUUAACAUAUAUACAGAACUUUCCACCCAACAGCAGCAACAUAUACAUUUUUCUCAAGCACACAUGGAAUAUUCUCCAGAAUACAUAACAUGUUAGGCCAUAAAACAAACCUUAAUACAUUUAAGAAGAUUGAAAUGAUACCAAGUAUCCUUUCUGACCACGAAGUAAUUAAACUAGGAAUCAACAGUGGAAGAAAACCCCAAAAUACAUAAAUAUAUAGAAAUUAAACAUUACAUCCCUAAACAACCAUUGCCUCAAUAAGAAAUAAAAAAAAAAAAUUAGAAAAUGUCUUGACACAAAUGAAAAUGAAGGCACGCUCUACCAAAAAUUAUGGGAUGCGGAAGCUGAGUAUGGUGGCUUAACACCUGUAACCCCAGCACUUUGGGAGGCCAAGGCAGGUGAAUCAUGAGGUCAGGAGAUCGAGACCAUCCUGGCCAACAUGGUGAAACCCCAUCUCUACUGUAACACAAAAACUAGCCAGGAAUGGUGGCAAGCGCCUGUAGUCCCAGCUACUUGGAAGGCUGAGGCAGGUGAAUCACUUGGAAGGCUGGGAGGCGGUGGUUGCAGUGAGCCUAUAUGGCGCCACUGUACUCCAGCCUGGUGACAGAGCAAGAAUGUCUCAAAAAAAAAAAAAAAAAAUUAUGGGAUGCAGAAAAGGCCGUAGUAAGAGGGAAACUAGCAAUAAAUGCUUACAUUAAAAAAUAAGAAAGACCUACAAACAACGUUACCACAAAAAGCUAGAAAAGGAAGAACAAACUAAGCACAAAUAUAGCACAAUGAAGGAAGUAACAAAGAUUAGAGCAGAAAUAAAUGAAAUAGAUGAAAACAAAACUGAGAGUUAUCAUUUGAAAAGAUCAACCAAAUUGACAGACUAAGAAAAAAAGAUUUAAAACUCAAAUAAAUAAAAUCAGAAAUGAAAGGAGAGAUUUACAACUGAUGCCAUAGAAAUAAGGAUCAUCAGAGACUAAUAAGAACAAUUAUAUACCAACAAACUGUAUAAUCUAGAAGGAAUGAGUAAAUUCUUAAACACACAACCUGCUAAGACAAACCAUGAACAAAUAGAAAGUCUAAAAACUAGUAUAGAGAUUGAAUUAGUAAUGAAAAACGUUUUAAUGAGGAAAAGCUCAGGAUAACUUCACUAGUGAAUUCUACCAAAAAUUUGAAGAAUUAACACCAAUCCUCAAAUUAAAAAAAAAAAAAAACUUGAAGAGGGGAAAACAUUAUGAUACAUAUUUAAUGAGGCUAGCAUUACCCUGGCAUCAAAACUAGACAAAUAUACCACAAGAAAAUAAAACUACAGGUGAAUAUUCAUGAUGAAAUAGAUGUAAAAAUUCUCAACAAAAUACUAGCAAACUGAAUCCAAGAGCACCGGAUUUCAAACUAUACUACAAGGCUACAGUAAUCAAAACAGCAUGGUACUGGUACCAAAACAGAGAUAUAGACCAAUGGAACAAAACAGAGGCACUGGAGGCAACACAACAUAUCUAUAACUAUAUAAUCUUUGAUAAACCUGACAAAAACAAGCAAUGGGGAAAGGAUUCACUGUUUAACAAAUGGUGUUGGGAAAACUGGCUAGCCAUGUGCAGAAAGCAAAAACUGGACCCCUUCCUGACACCUUACACUAAAAUUAACUCCAGAUGGAUUAAAGACUUAAACAUAAGACCUGGCACGAUAAAAAUCCUAGAAGGAAAUCUAGGCAAAACUAUCCAGGACAUAGGAGUAGGCAAGGACUUCAUGAACAAAACACCAAAAGCACUGGCAACAAAAGCCAAAAUAGACAAAUGGGACCUAAUGAAACUCCACAGCUUCUGCACGGCAAAAGAAACAGACACUAGAGUGAAUCGGCAACCAACAGAAUGGGAAAAAAUUUUUGCAGUUUACCCAUCUGACAAAGGGCUGAUACCCAGAAUUUACAAAGAACUCAAACAGAUUUACAGGAAAAAAACAAACAAGCCCAUUCAAAAAUGGGCAAAGGAUAUGAACAGACACUUUACAAAAGAAGACAUAUAUGAGGCCAACAAUCAUAUGAAAAAAUGCUCAUCGUCACUGGUCAUCAGAGAGAUGCAAAUCAAAACCACAUUGAGAUACCAUCUCAUGCCAGUUAGAAUGGCGAUCAUUAAAACAUCUGGAGACAACAGAUGCUGGAGAGGAUGUGGAGAAAAAGGAACACUUUUACACUGUUGGUGGGAGUGUAAAUUAGUUCAACCAUUGUGGAAGACAGUGUGGCAAUUCCUCAAGGCCUUAGAAAUAGAAAUUCCAUUUGACCCAGCAAUCCCAUUACUGGGUAUAUAUCCAAAAGACUAUAAAUCGUUCUACUGUAAGGACACAUGUACACGAAUGUUCAUUGCAGCACUGUUUACAAUAGCAAAGACCUGGAAUCAACCCAAAUGCCCAUUGAUAAUAGACUGGAUUGGAAAAAUGUGGCACAUAUACACCAUGGAAUAUUAUGCAGCAAUCAGAAAUGAUGAGUUCGUGUCGUUUGUAGGGACAUGGAUGAAUCUGGAGAGCAUCAUCCUCAGCAAACUGACACAAGAACAGAAAAUGAAACACUGCAUAUUCUCACUCAUAGGUCUUCAGACUCAGACUGGAACACCAUCAGCUCUCCUGGAUCUCCUGCUUGCCAACUCACCCUUCAGAUCUUGGGACUUGUCAGCCUUCAUAAUCACCUGCUAAUAGGUUAUGAAAAUGGUACUGUAGUAUUCUGGGACUUGAAAUCUAAAAGAGCAGAACUGAGAGUUUAUUAUGAUGAGGCUAUUCAUUCAAUUGAUUGGCAUCAUGAGGGCAAACAGUUCAUGUGCAGCCAUUCAGAUGGUAGUUUGACUUUAUGGAACCUGAAAAGCCCAAGUCGCCCUUUCCAGACCACAAUUCCACAUGGAAAAAGUCAAAAAGAAGGAAGAAAAUCUGAAUCUUGUAAACCAAUUCUUAAAGUAGAAUACAAGACCUGCAAAAACAGCGAACCAUUCAUAAUAUUCUCUGGUGGGCUGUCCUAUGACAAAGCUUGUAGAAGACCAAGUUUAACCAUCAUGCAUGGAAAAGCAAUUACAGUACUUGAAAUGGAUCAUCCUAUUGUUGAAUUUCUAACUUUAUGUGAAACACCCUAUCCAAAUGAAUUUCAAGAACCUUAUGCUGUCGUAGUACUUCUGGAGAAAGAUCUUAUUGUAGUUGAUCUGACACAAAGCAAUUUUCCAAUCUUUGAAAAUCCAUAUCCCAUGGACAUUCAUGAAUCACCAGUUACAUGCACAGCAUACUUUGCUGAUUGUCCUCCGGAUUUGAUUCUAGUACUGUAUUCUAUAGGAGUCAAGCAUAAAAAACAAGGCUACAGUAAUAAGGAGUGGCCAAUUAGUGGAGGAGCUUGGAACCUUGGAGCACAAACAUAUCCAGAAAUUAUUAUUACUGGUCAUGCAGAUGGAUCAAUAAAAUUUUGGGAUGCUUCUGCAAUAACUCUGCAGAUGCUGUACAAGCUAAAAACUUCAAAAGUGUUUGAAAAACAGAAGUUAGGAGAAGGAAAACAAACAUAUGAAAUUGUAGAGGAAGAUCCAUUUGCCAUUCAGAUGAUUUACUGGUGUCCAGAGAGCAGAAUAUUUUGUGUAUCAGGAGUCUCUGCAUAUGUCAUAAUUUACAGAUUUAGCAGAUAUGAAAUUACAACAGAAAUAGUGUCAUUAGAGGUACGACUUCAGUAUGAUGUUGAAGAUAUUAUUACCCCCGAACCAGAAACAAGUCCUCCAUUUCCAGAUCUGUCAGCCCAGCUUCCUUCUUCAAGGAGUCUUUCCGGGAGCACUAACACUGUUGCUAGUGAAGGAGUAACAAAGGACAGUAUCCCAUGCCUCAAUGUUAAGACACGGCCAGUGCGGAUGCCUCCAGGAUAUCAAGCAGAACUUGUUAUUCAAUUGGUAUGGGUAGAUGGCGAACCUCCGCAACAGAUUACUAGUCUUGCUGUAAGCUCAGCAUAUGGAAUAGUUGCAUUUGGAAACUGCAAUGGGUUGGCCGUGGUGGAUUUUAUACAGAAGACAGUACUGUUAAGCAUGGGGACCAUUGACCUAUAUAGAUCAAGUGACCUAUACCAGCGGCAACCACGGUCUCCUCGAAAAAACAAACAGUUCAUUGCAGACAACUUUUGCAUGCGUGGCCUGUCUAACUUUUAUCCUGAUUUAACGAAACGGAUCCGUACUUCCUAUCAGAGUUUAACUGAACUAAGUGACAGUCCAGUUCCCCUAGAACUUGAGCGCUGCAAGUCUCCUACCUCAGACCAUGUAAAUGGACAUUGCACAAGUCCAACUUCCCAGAGUUGCAGUUCUGGAAAACGUCUUUCUAGUGCCGAUGUUUCAAAAGUAAAUCGCUGGGGUCCUGGAAGACCACCAUUUCGAAAGGCCCAGUCAGCAGCUUGCAUGGAGGUUUCUUUACCAGUUACAACAGAAGAAAACCGAGAAAAUUCCUAUAAUCGUUCUAGAAGCUCUAGCAUCUCCAGUAUUGACAAAGAUUCUAAAGAAGCAAUUACAGCACUAUACUUCAUGGAAUCAUUUGCACGGAAAAAUGACUCUACCAUCUCUCCUUGUCUGUUUGUUGGAACCAGUUUGGGAAUGGUGUUAAUUAUCUCCCUCAAUCUACCAUUAGCAGAUGAACAAAGGUUUACAGAGCCGAUUGUGGUAUUGCCAAGUGGUACAUUCCUCUCAUUGAAAGGAGCUGUGCUAACAUUCUCCUGUAUGGACCGAACUGGCGGAUUAAUGCAACCUCCAUAUGAAGUUUGGAGGGAUCCAAACAACAUAGAUGAAAAUGAAAAAUCUUGGAGAAGGAAAGUGGUAAUGAACUCAUCGUCUGCAUCCCAAGAAAUAGGAGAUCAUCAGUAUACAAUAAUCUGCUCAGAAAAACAAGCCAAAGUCUUCUCACUGCCUUCUCAGACUUGUCUUUAUGUUCAUAACAUCACGGAGACAUCUUUUAUACUGCAAGCAAAUGUGGUGGUCAUGUGUAACAGUGCCUGCUUGGCCUGCUUUUGUGCUAAUGGACAUAUCAUGAUAAUGAGCCUACCUAGUCUUCGCCCAAUGUUGGAUGUUAAUUAUUUGCCACUGACAGAUAUGAGGAUAGCACGAACAUUUUGUUUUACCAAUGAAGGACAGGCAUUAUACCUCGUCUCUCCUACUGAAAUUCAGCGGUUAACAUACAGCCAAGAAAUGUGUGAUAAUCUACAGGACAUGCUAGGAGAUUUGUUUACUCCCAUAGAGACACCAGAAGCUCAAAACAGAGGCUUUCUCAAGGGACUGUUUGGGGGAAGUGGACAAACAUUUGACAGAGAAGAGCUCUUUGGGGAAGCUUCAGCAGGAAAAGCAUCCCGCAGCCUUGCGCAGCACAUUCCUGGACCAGGUAGUAUAGAAGGAAUGAAAGGCGCUGCUGGAGGGGUGAUGGGAGAGCUGACCCGUGCACGGAUUGCACUUGAUGAAAGAGGACAGAGGCUAGGAGAGCUGGAAGAGAAAACUGCAGGCAUGAUGACCAGUGCAGAAGCAUUUUCCAAACAUGCACAUGAGUUAAUGCUGAAAUACAAGGAUAAGAAAUGGUACCAAUUCUAAACUUCUAAAGAAGCUGUGACUGCUUUGAGAAACCAUAUUCAGGGAACCAAAUUUAUUCCCAGCAUCACUAUUCAACUGCUAGAAGCCAGUUUCUUCUACAAAAUGUUCCAUUUACAGUCAAUCUGAAAUUAUCUUAAAGGAGAUGUAUCAGAGACACUAUACAACCCAAAGGCUGGAGCCCUGGUUAAAAUCCCAAGAUAUGGCUGAUUUUGCCUUUUCCCUUGUGGAAUGGAGCUAUCAUCUUGGCAUGUCAUUCGAUAAGGAUUUAUAUUUAGGAACUAAGGGGAGUCCUCUUGAUUUGAAAAUUCCUGUACAAACAAAAGCAUUAAUGCACUUAAUGAAAAAAAUCUUUGCAUGAUAAAUUAACAUCUUAAGAGGAAAAGAAAAAAAAGCAUGUUGUGACAGAAGAAAAAAAGAUUCACAGUAAACUAUUUCUAUUAAUUGGGCCAAACUCAACAAUUUUAAAAAUCUGCAUUUGAAGAUAUCAGUGCAUUUCAAAUAUAUUUGCCAUACCCAACUGAAAAGGAAAACAAAACAAAACAAGAACCCAGAGUUUUCGCAUCUGUAACUUUCAUUGUACUAGAACAUUAUUGAAUGCUUAUGGCAAGAGUCUGAUUAAUGUUCUCUCUCCAUGUUUUACAUCAUUCAGAGUUCUAGUCAUAAUCAAAUAUUGCCAGCCAGUAUAGUAAGUUAUUUCCAACACAAUUAUUUUCAUUUCUAUCACCUUCAGAAUGGGUUGCUGUUUUUAGCACAAAUCAUGAACGGUUGGGUCACCUCAAAGCAUUUUCUUUAGCCUGGCUUAUAUUCUAUAUAGGGAAGUUGGUAGUAGGUUUGGGGAAACUAUAGGAAUAAUAGAGUUAGCUAUGAGAACUGACUUCACAAAAAGUGAAGUUUCACAUACCCCAAUUUCAGUUUCUAAAGUGAUAUAUUUUUAAAGCUUAAUUUGUAUCCUUGUCUGCCAGUUACACAGUAUAUUAUGUUCAAACCCGGUAAGGUCUGUAACCCGAAAGUGCUCUUGCAGCCUGACAUUCACAAACCAAACUGGUCAUUCUCUUUAGUGUGAUUCAGUAAAACCUCAGUUAAUGUUUUAAGAAAGGGAUUCUGAUUUAUGACGUUUCUGAUUUACAAGGGCUUUCAUUAGAAAAUACUUUUCAGUUCAAUACUUACCCCUGGAUAUUUUAAUAAAAUAUGGUGAUGUGUUUGCUAUCUUGGCCUCUCUCAUCAUUACAGACAACAAAAAUACAUAAAGAGUUUAAUGAUAUAAAAUCAAUUAUUUUGUCACUAGGUUGAAUAAUAUAAGCCACCAGAUUAUGUCAAUAGAUGCCAAACACCUGUCCCUUGUUAAAAACUCUUUUAAGCUGGAAUAAAGACUAUCCUUAACAAGAUACAAGGUAUCUGUCUUAACUCACCGGAAAGCACUAGAGUCAAAACAAAAUAAAGGCAUCUACCACCAUUUAACAUAAUUCUGGAAGUUGAAAGUUAUAGGAAUGUAUAUAUACAUACUCCAGUACUCAUCCUGUAAUAUGUUGUUCUUUCAAAACAUGUUUAAUUAGCACAAACCAUGAACGGUUGGGUCACCUCAAAGCAUUUUCUUUAGCCUGGCUUAUAUUCUAUAGGGAAGUUGGUAGUAGGUUUGGGGAAACUAUAGGAAUAAUAGAGUUAGCUAUGAGAACUGACUUCACAAAAAGUGAAGUUUCACAUACCCCAAUUUCAGUUUCUAAAGUUAUAUAUUUUUAAAGCUUAAUUUGUAUCCUUGUCUGCCAGUUUAACAUAAUUCAGUUUUGGCUUAUUAAAUUUUUGUUAAUCAAGGUCUUAUUGGAUUUACAUUUAUGUUUCUGAAGACUUCAUCAUUUUCCUGGAUUUCAGGUUAUUUUAAUAGCCAAAAAUGGUAUUUGUAUUUCCUUUUUAGUCUAAUUUUUUGCUAGAAAUAGUACUUUCUAACAAAUGUUUCUAGUAGUACAAUGUUGUUAGUAAUUUUGGGAAGAAAAAAGAUGAGUGAAAGAGUUAUAUAACGUACACUAGGAUAGCAUUUCUCAGAGUCCAUGAAUCUACUUGUUAAAAAAGCCUCUCUGUGAAUCUCCCAGUCACCUGAGAGAUUAGGCAGAUUAAGCUUCAUUGUUCAGCCUUACAGUCACAGAAUCUGGCUUGGAAACACAGACAUUGCAUGACUGUAUCAUUUAUAAAAUUAUAUGGUAAAAAUAUUAAAGAAACUUAAGAUUGGGGUCUAGAAAAUACUGGUUGCCAAAUUGUAUAUAUUAUUUGUACCAUCAACUUCAAGGACUUAGUUUUCUGAUUUUCAGAACAAAUACUAUCAUUUCUAUAUUUAAAAAAAGACUAAAGGAGUAAAAUAUUCGUUUAUUUUAGAAAUAAUGAAAUUCAGUCCAAAGUAGCAUUACAUUUGAUGAGUAUCUCUGAAGCCCUCAAUAAGAUUUAACUUAUUUUAACUUGUUCUACAUUAAGAUUUCUCAAUAUUAGCAGAAAUUCUUUCUGCACUAUUAGCAGAAAGUCUUUGUUGUGGGAAACUGUCCUGUGUAUUGUGAGUGACAUCCCUGGCCUCUGUCUACUAGAUGCCAGUAGGAAACUCCUAGUAAUGACAAUCAAAAUGUCUCCAGCCAUUGCCAAAAUUUAUCCCAGUUUACAGCCACUAUUCUACAUCAUAUAAAGAGGUAGAUUAUGUGAAUAUGUAAUAAAUGUUGUACAAUAAGUAUACAAUCUUACCAAGAUAAAUUAUUAUACCCAAAAUUACACAUGUGGUUCAUAUGCAAUAACAUAGAAUUUUGAAGAAAGCUUAUAUGUAUCAGUGAAAAAUAACAACUACAGAAUAUUUUAGGGCACACAGAGAAAAUAUCAAAAAAGGACAUUGUAGCAUUUCACAGUAGAAGUGCCCAAGACUUUGCCUUCAGUGAAUAGAUCAAAAGUUUAUAAUUAGCAUGCCAAUUGGAAGUAAACAGGUGCUUCUAAAAUGCUUGAAAAGAAAAGGUUCUUUGAAGUCAUUUAAACGUGUCUUUCAAAAUUGUUUUUAUAAGCCCUUCCUUAACAUUAAGGGUAACUUCAUCUCACAAACUCCUGUUACUGGAAUCCAAAUUAAUGAGGUUUUACUGUAUCAAAAUUAUUUUUAUAAUUCAAAGAGAUAGCAAUAACAAGAAUCUAAUGUGGAUGUGAUUUUUCUUUUUGAACAUUUCUGUUCUGCUGCACUGACCUUAGCAUGCAUACAUGUGCAUACACACACACACACACCCCAUCGCAAUCACCAUCACCAUCACUAUCACCAUCACCACCACCACCACCACCAUCAUCAUCUUAUCCUCAUCUUUGGAAAAUGAGUACUGUUGAUCCAUGUAAUCCUUUGCAUCAUCUCAUCUUUACUUUCUUCCAUUUUGGAACAUAAGAAAAAUACUCCUAGUAACUUGGACAAUGAUACAGAAAGUGACCCUGAGCCUUAGUUAUCACUGAAAUUACACUCUAUCUGCUAAAGCAACAUCAGAAGAUAAGGCUUGCAAACCACAGUCCCAAAAUUGUCUCCCUGAUUCCUUCAAGAGAUAAGCCCUUUUUAGUGUUACAGCAGAAAAUGGGCCUUCUCAUUCUAUUCAUCAAUGAGAAGCUAGAAGUAUUUGUUUUCCUGAUAGUAACAUGGGCAAUAAUCCCUACCUUGAAAUCAUCCAUUAAUCUGGGAGUUUGGAGGGAGGGAUGAUUGAUUUGUCAUUUGUUUUAAUCACCUAUGGGCAGUAUUACUGACUUUGCUUCUUACACUUUACUGAGCCCCAGAUCUUAGAGCCCCAGUCACUGUCAAGAUCAUGUUUGACUGCAACUUUGGAAGGACAGUGACAGAACUGAAUGAGAUGUUUUCCAAUGAUUCAGUCACGAAGACAAUUUUUUCAAAUCUUUUGAAAGUGAUUCUCAAAUUAAUAAAUCAAAAUCCAAGGGAUUCCCUCAAAGUUUUUACAGAUCUUAAAGGAAAACGUUUACUGUUGGAGUCCUUUUUAUGUGACUCAUGUACCAGUUUUAAAGGUACCAUAUACUUUAUCUACCUUAAGGGAACACCAUUACUUUAAGAGAAAAAAGAAUCAGAUUAGGCCUAAGACUGGUUGAAGAAGAUUAAAGGAGAUUCUUAUGUUCAAGCAGAAGGGAAAAAUGAAGCCAAUCUAGAAAAGUAAGCUAAAAAUUAUCUCCUUGGCUUAGGAUCACUGGGACAACCUGGGAGUAUAUCUGUGUGAUUACAACCUGCCACUAUGAGAAAAAGAACUGUAACCUGAACAUGUUGGCUCACAGAGGGUAAUGCCAAAAGAAUUCAAAACAUUCAUGACAGGUCUCGGUCUUGGUGUCAGGAGAAACGUGGUAGCUUCCACAGCUUCUUCACCUCUGUCCUCUGUCACACAACUCCAUUUUUGUCUGGGUACUAUUUCACAUACACAUUGUCCUGGAUGCCAGAAAUACUUGUGGUAUACUUGGUUUGGGCAGAAUCUCUAGUAUACACAUUCCAGGGAACAUGGUUGUCAACAUAACAAGUUUAGUGUAUGUAUUUGUAGACAACAUAGCCCUAAAAGCAUAAAAUAUAGAAUAGGUAAGGUCUGUCUUGGGAAAGGAGGAGGAAAUACCACUUUGGUGCAAGAAGAUUGUGGUAGAAAGGACAUGGUAGCCAGAGUGAAGUGAAAGAGACUUUGAGGAAUCAGAUGCACAGAUGGAUGCUUUUAUUUACUUAUUUAUCUAGAGAAGUGCUUCUCAACCUUGGCUGUACAUAAGAAUCACCUCAGGAAACUGUAAAAUUCCCAAUCUUAUUAAAAUCCUUUGAAGUGGGAACUAGACACCAAUGUCUGUGAAAGCCUCCAAGGUGGUUCUAAUAUCCAGCCAAAGUUGAUUAUCCCUGUUUUAUGACCACCUAAGGAAAACCUGUUUGUCUGCCUUGGCUGUUAUUGCAGCCCCAGUUCUGAGUGGUCAGGGAAGGCUAGUUGUAAGAUAUAGUAAUGGUAUUUAUUCUGUAUGUCUCACAGAACAAAAGUAUGUGAGAAUUUCUGACCAGGCAGCUCUCUAUUAAAUCUUAAUAAGCAUCUCUGUGAUAUUCUCCUAUGUGACUUGUUCAUUAGUUAUUCCAGCUGAAAGGUCUAGUUUUUUUCAAUUGUCUUACGCGUAUGACAUCACAAGAUACCAGAAGUAGCACAGUAAAUUCGACAGCAUUAUAAAGCUAAGUGGAAAACUAAUUCUUCAUAUUUAGACAGUGGAAAUUCUCAAAACAAUCAUUUGCUAAAUCAGGUCCAAAUUUCUGUUUCAUUAUUCUUCUGGAGGAGACAUGGGUACCAGGUAUCUGUUCUGCUAUAGGUAUAUUUCAUUGGACUUCGUCUUAGCAAAAAGGAAGAACAAAUCUUCCUUUUUAUUAUCUCAAUCAAAAGCUCCCAGGACAACUUGGAUUUAUUUUUUUAGUAUUUGGACAUGUGUUUAAGAGAAAAGAAUAACUGUAACUUCUUAUAUGAUGUCCAGUGCCCUGAAAGAGUGCUUACACCUUCAAAACAGGAGAGUCCAGCCUGUCAAAGGCAGUAACAUAUAACGAGAAUUUAGAGUUAUCUCCUCUCAUACUGCUUUCCCUCUGCUAUUGGCCCACCCUUCUCGACUGCAAAGCCAGAAAGUAAACUAGGUGGUGGUUUUGGACAAUUGUACACAGGAUCAGAAUCUCUAAUAACCUAUAAUUUUUAGUACUUAACUAUGUGAUGUUUUAUUCUAGGAAAUAAGAAACAGAUGACAUCAUUGAUGUAUCUUUCUUUCAUCUUCAGAAUUUUUGCAUCUUUUCAGAAAAUGACAAAUUACUAUUUUUCUGUUGCACUCAGCAAUUGUGACUAUACUUAACAAAAUUCUUGUAGUCUGUAGAGAUAUCAAUAAAAUUGUAUAUGUUUGUACAUAGAUGCUCUCUUAUGUCAUAAUGUCAUGCACUAAUAAUUUUUGCCAAGAUUACAUAUGGACAGAGGUAAGACCCAUUUAUAAGACUAUGAACUAUGGUUUUGCAAAGUGUAACUGUUUUAAAAAGGCAGGAAGGGGGCGGGAGAGCAAUGUAUAGCAAAUCUAUCAAAUACAACUUCCCAAAACUCAUACAUUUCACUAGCAUUCAUUAACCCAGUAGCCAUUCAAAAUCUCCGUCAAAUUGAGGAAAUGUGUUACUUUUUAUGGAAAGACUUGAAAGACAACUUUUGAUGGUGUUGAUUGAAUCCACUUUCAGUGAAGUACAAGUAAAAAUAAUUUAGUAAUAAUGCAGCAAAAGAAAUCAAGGGGGAUAAGAUGUACCUACAAACUCAACAUUCAGACCUUACUUCUCACUUCUUUUCAGCUCCAGCUUUGUCUUCAGCCAGGAAGAAAAAUUAAGCUACUAUGGGCUUAUUUCAUCUCCUAGUAGUUAUGAUAAACAUUCAUUAACUCAAGACCUCCAACAGUUCUCUGGAGAGUGUUGUCUCCUGCACCUCUGGCUUUCAUCAGCAUAGUUAAUUCCUCUUCAGGCACUUUCCUCAUAUUUAUGUAGACUCUGGCUGUAAACAACUGGCUUUCUUCUUCUAAAUCCUGUCUAAUUUAAUCGCAGGAAAAUUUCCCCCCCACCAUAAUAUUUCUUCUAAUUUUGGUUCCAUAUAAAAAUUGAAAAACAGCAAACAAGCUCAAGGCUAAAAAACAUGUUGAUUAAAAAUACAAAUAUACAUUUACCUUAUUAUUUUUGAAUUACAAUAACUUAGGCUUCAGAUACCUGCAUUCAAUAUUUGAAAUACUGAUUGGACUUCCUUUCUUCCUCCUUCCCUUCCUUCCUGUUUCUUCCUCACCCCCUCUCUCCCUCUGUUCCCUACUUCCCUUUCUUCUCCUCCCUUCCUUUCUUCUGUCUUUCCUUUCAUUCAUUCACUCCAAAAGUCAGCCACACUCACAAAGGCUGGUGAUGGCAGCUCCAUACAAAGACUGCACUGGAGUAGAGGGAGGAGACAGCCCUGGAGUGAAGUGGCAGGGUCAACUCUUCAAUGGUCAGUGAUGGCAUGUGAUGUUGGCAUUGGAGCAGGGCAGAAGGCAGCCCAGUGGGGUCAGGAGGUUGGCUACAUACAGGACAUUAAGCAAUUAAUAAGCAUAUUGAGACUAUGGGAGCCAGGUUUCUCACUGCUGGAGAGCAAAGAAAGGAAAAAUUAAAAGGGAAAGCUAGAAUAAACCCUGUAGUAUUAGAUUAGAAUUGGAACUAUCAGUGUAAAUUUUUACAUAAAUACAAAGUGUGUAUAUAUAAUGUAUACAAAUAUAUAUGAGUAUCACUAUAUAAUUUACAUAUUUGAUAUAAAGGUGUGUGCCUGUGUUUUAUAUAUAUAUAUAUAUACACAUAUAUAUAUGUAUAUAUAUAUAUAUAUACAUAUAUAUAUAUUUCUUAAAUCUGCACAUCUAGAGGACAGAGAGCAAGCCCCUUACCCCCUGGAGCAAUGAGCACAGCUAGUGCCUGGAUAUUUAUUUCUAAUUACUGUUCUCUACUAAAAGGAACUGGAGCUCCCUGUAGAAAUGUCUAGUUUCAAGGCUAGAACAUGUCUGUGUCAGAAAAUAAAGUAUUCAAAUAAUAACAGGGACAUGUCAAAAGGACAUAGCAGCUACCUUAAAGCUACACAGCACAAAUCAGGUACAAUUUGAGCAUCAAGGCCAGGUGUGGUGGCUCAUUCCUAUAACCCCAGCACUUUGGGAGGCCAAGGUAGGAGGAUUGCUUAAGGCCAGGAAUUCAAGACCAGCCUGGGCAUCAUGUAAGACCCUGUCUCUACAAAAAAAUAAAAUAUAACAAUAAUAAGAAGAAGAAGAAAAGAAAAAGGAAAAAGCAUUAAAAGUCAUAACAGUAACUUAAUAAGUACCCACUAGUCUACAUUGAUAUAAAUAAGAGGGGAAAGUGAAACUCUUCCUUACAAUAGAAUGUCAACAAAUAAAGAAAUGUAGAUGGAAUUUAAAAAUUACCAUUUGGCAACCAUUAUCGGAAUGACUUGGGCAACAAAUACCACGAGAUGCUGACACUAGUGAGGUAAAGUGGGAUAGAGGAAGAGGAUAUUUUCAUAGUCUCAAAAUGUCUUCACAAAAAAAAAUUCCUAAUCAUAAAGAAAAACAACUAGAGAAACAUGGCAGACACCAUCUUAAUCAAGUGAUCAAAGUUCCCACCACCAGCAAGGGAACAAAUCAACAUCAUGUGCCACCUGACAGGAUGCAGUGAGAACCCAGCAUCACCUCUGCAAUAUUCCUGCCAAAAACACACAAUCAAGUUCUAAUCAUAAGACAAUAAGCAAAACCAAAUUGAAUGACAUUCUAUAAAAUAUCUGCCCUCUAUUACAAAUUUUCAGUGUCGUGAAAGUCAAGGAAAGAUGUUUGUUCCGGAUUUAAGUAGACUAGACAGUCAUGGCAACUAGGUGCAACUCUUAAUCUUGGAUUGGACGCUUAUAAAUGACAUAAGUGGAGCAGUUAACAAAACUUGAGUGGUGAUUUCUGACUUGAUUGGGAUUCUUUGUACUAUUCUUCAAGCUUUUACCUGGGUUUUGAAUUAUCUCAAAAUAAAAUUAUAAAAAUAAAA